CUGAAGUUCGGCCUUCAGAGCUCUGGGCAGCUGAGAGAGACAGGCGGCGGGAAGAGGGAAAGAGAGCCCACAAGCUGCUGGCCCAGUGAGAGCCCAGGGACAGAGAUGGAGUUGCAGGGCCCAGCGGACAGCAAUGGCUCAUCCUCGCUCAACUUCACCUUCCCUCCCAACUUCGGCCGGCGGCCCAGCGACAAGGCCCUGAGCAUCUCACUGGUCGUCAUGCUCUUUGUUACUAUGAUCUCCCUGGGUUGCACCAUGGAGUUCGCCAAAAUCAGGGCACACUUAUUCAAGCCCAAAGGCGUGGCUAUAGCCUUGGUGGCCCAGUACGGCGUGAUGCCCUUGACGGCCUUCACCCUGGGCAGGGUCUUCCAGCUGAACACCAUCGAGUCCCUCGCCAUCCUGAUCUGCGGCUGCUCCCCUGGGGGAAGCCUGUCCAACGUCUUCAGCCUGGCCAUGAAGGGAGACAUGAACCUGAGCAUAGUGAUGACCACGUGCUCCACCUUCUCUGCCCUGGCCCUGAUGCUGCUCCUCCUCUACCUCUACUCCUUGGGCCUCUACGGGGACAUCCAGAAUAAGGUGCCCUACGGAGGGAUCAUCCUCUCGCUCGUCUUGGUCCUCAUCCCCUGCACCAUCGGUAUCUUCCUCAAGAGCAAACGUCCCCAGUACGUGCCCUAUGUCAUUAAGGUGGGAGCCAUCAUCACUGUGCUGAUGCUGAUAGCUGUGGUCGUGCUGUCCAUCAUCAACGUCAACCACUCCAUCCUGCUUAUCAUGACGGCGCCGCUGUUGGCCAUUUCCUCCCUGAUGCUCACUGGUUUCUUUUUGGGUUAUCUCCUCUCUGCUCUCUUUCGGCUUAACGGACGGUGUAGGCGCACAGUCAGCAUGGAGACCGGCUGCCAGAAUGUCCAGCUCUGCUCCACCAUCCUCAACCUGACAUUUCCCCUGGAAGUUAUUGGACCCCUCUUCUACUAUCUUCUCCUCUAUAUAAUAUUCCAGGUUGGGGAAGGCCUCAUUUUGAUUGCACUCUUCAGGUGCUACGAGAAAAUCAGGACUCCCCAUGAUGACCCCAAGAUGAUCUACAGAGCGGUGAGUGAAGCUGCUUCGGAAGCCAAAACAAGGCCUAGGAGCAACGGCUCCCACGAAGGGGAAGAGCGCUCGAUGAACUCCUUCCACUCACCAGCUGUCCCCACGCUGCCUUUGGAGCACAGCUCCCAGGGGGCCAGCAGCCAGGCUUGAAGACUCACGAGGAGAAGCCCCCGGUCCGGGCCGUGAGGAUCAACUCAGCGCGAUGCCCUGGAAACGGCACCGACGCUGCCGGGAGACCUCCGAUCUCACCCUCAAAGGAGGCGGGGGGUUUGUUUCGGCUGCCAGCAGCUCACCAGGUCCCAACUCCCCAGUAAGCCUUCCAAAGAGCAGAGAUAUGAAGGGGCUGAGUGCUUCUGGUGACUUGAGGGCAAAACCAAUAGCCACCGUUGAGGAGCGUUAACUGACAUUAUCCCCCAACAAGACAGCACCCCAUCACUAGGACUGACGUGGCAAGAGCAUGGGUCUGGGAGUCAGAGGACGUGGGUUCUCAUACCAGUUCCGCCACUUUUCUGUGUGAC